AUGGUCCAAAGUACAAAUAUAUUAUCUUUGGGUAGAAUUGGGUCAUUGGGUGAACAAAUUAAUUUAAGAAAUGAAAAAUUUUUAAAAAGAAAUAUUUUCGAAGGUAAAAUAGCAGAUAAAAUUCAAAUUGAAUCAAAACAUAAUUACCAUAUAACAACAUCAACAAAAAACAUUUCAAAAGAUAUUGGAAUUGAUAAUAAUUUAAAAUUAAGCACUUUGGUUGGUUUGAUUGAAAUUGAUGAUUCAUCAAUUUAUUCAAAACUAUUAACUAAACCAUUCAAUAAAAAGGUUAUUAGUGGUUCAUUGGUUUACAAAAUCACAACAUCAACUGAAUCAAUUGGUUUGAAUUCAAUUAAAAAUCAUUGGGUUGAUAGUAUUAAUUUUCAAGAUCAAGAAACAACUCAUGUAAUUACUGGUAUAGAGUAUGGUGAAUAUGUUUUAAUUACAUUAGAAAAAACAUUGAAUGAUGAAGCAAACAAAAAGAAAUCAUUGAAAGAAUUGAAAAAAAUAUUAGAAAAAAUUUCUGGUUCAAUUAAAGACAAUGGCUCAAUUGAAUUGGAUUAUGGUGAUGAUGAUGAUGAUAAUAAUAAUAUUGAAUAUUAUGAGAAUCUCACCAAAGAGUUUAAAUUUAAAAUGAUUGGUAAAAUAUUUCCAAAUGGUCAAGUGGAUCCAACUUCAUUUACUAAUGCUAUAAAAAUAAUGAAAGAUAUUCCAAAAUUAAUACUUAUUCGUGAUAAAUCAGAUCCAAUUCAAUAUGAAGUUAUUCCAAUUUCAUCAAUUCAUAAACAAUUAUCAAUUGAAACCAUUGGAAAAAUUGAUGAAAAGGAAUUGAUUGAAGAUAUAGAAACUGAAUUUAAAUCUUUAUUUGAAUUAAAAUCUCAAUUUAAUGAUUUCACUGAUCUAGUAGAAAAGAAUAAACAAUUUCUUAAAGAUAAUCAAGUUCAAUCAAUUUUAUCAUUCAAAGAUGAAGUUUAUUCAAAUGAAACCUUUUUCAAAGCAAAUCUUAAAAAUUUGGUUAUUCAAGUUAAAAGUGGUGAAAGCAAAGUCAAAGCUAUUGAAAAAUUGGUUUCCGAUUAUUUAAAUUCAAAUCAUUCAUCAAAAUCUAUCAAGAAGUUUCUAGGUUCUCAUAAAAUCUAUGUAAAUGAUAAACUAUUGUUUUUAGAAGAACUUAAAGAAAAGGGAAUUGAAAUAAUCUCAAAAUCAAUGAGCAUGCAAGACUUUGUAUUAAAGAAUUCUACAAACAAUUGUAAAGUUUACAUUCUAAAUUAUUACCAUUCCACUAGUAGAUCAAAUGAAGAAAUUUGGAAUCAAAUUUAUUUAUUAACUUUUAUUCAUCUAGUAAAUGAAAAAAGAAUUAAUACCAAAUUUGCAAUAGUUGAUAUUGAAAUUCUUGUUGAUAAUGAUUCUUUCUCGUUUGAUCCUAAUCAAACAAAUCCAUAUAUUGAAUUUUUCUUGAAUGGUUUUAAAAAACAAUCAAAUUUUAUUUUUGAUUCAUGUGCCAACUAUAUUGAAUGUAUUGAUUGGAAACUUUGCAGACCCCUUGGAGAGAAACCCAAAGAUACAAGGGAAUUAAAAUUAAAAUGUCCUGGUGAGAAAUGUUUUGAUUCUAUUCCAAAAGCAUGGAAAUGCUUAGUAUGUGAUUUUUUUAUAUUGUAUUCAAAUAAAAGAUUAUAUUGCGGAUGUGGUUCUUAUUCAGUAGAAGAAUGCCAUUACAAAUGUUCAAACAAUGAAAAUCACGAAAAUGUUGGUUAUUGCUUAUUACCCAAACAAGAUAAGGAACAAUUAAAAUAUCUUCCAACAAGACCAUUGGUUUUUCUAUUACUUGGUGAAUCUGGGGUUGGUAAAUCCACAUUCAUAAAUUCAUUUGCAAACUAUGCACUUUAUGAUAGUUUAGAUGAAGCAAUUAAACAUAAACUCAAAAUUUUAAUACCAGUUAAAUUCUCUAUGGUGGUGGACGAAGGUGAAAAGUUAAUUUCAAUUGGUUGUGAAACAAAAAAUGAAUAUUUGAGAAUUGGUCAAUCAUCAACACAAACAUGCCAAACAUAUGAAUUUCCAGAAUUGGGUAUAACAAUCAUUGAUACACCAGGAAUUGGAGAUAGUAGAGGUAUCCAUCAAGAUAGUGUAAAUUUACAACAUAUUCUUAAAUAUAUUUCAAGCUUUGAUAAAAUCGAUGGUAUUUGUAUUUUAUUAAAACCAAAUGAAUCAAAAUCUACAGUUCUAUAUCAGUAUUGCUUCAAAGGAAUAUUAUCACAACUUGACAAAUCCGCUGCCAAUAACAUUGCCUUCUGUUAUACCAAUUCACGUGGUACAUUCUAUAAACCAGGCGAUAGUCAUUUAAAGAUUCAACAAAUGGUUAAAUCAUUAAAUGUACCAAAUCUAAAAUAUAACGGAACCAAUACAUUUUGCUUUGACAGUGAAUCAUUUAGACUCCUUGCUGCCCUUCAAAGCAAUGUUAAAUUCUCUCAAAAUCAGAUCAAUGAUUAUUCAUCAAGUUGGAAAGUAUCAGUUGAAUCAACUGAAAAACUAAUAUCAUAUUUAAAUUUAUUACCACCACAUGAUAUUAGAAACACUGUUAGUUUAAAUGAGUGUAGAAUAUUAAUCAAUGCAUUAUCUAAACCAGUCGUUGAAAUCACACGAUUGAUUGAUACCAAACUAAUGAGUAUCGAAAAUAAGAAACAAGAAAUAAUUGCACAAUCAAAUGAUAUUGAAUCUCUAAAAAAGAAUUUAACCAUGAAAUAUUUUGAUUUAGAAAGAAAAGAUCUCCCAUAUCCAACCACAGUUUGCACAAAUUCAACAUGUGUCACACCUAUUACUAUAAAGGGAGUUGUAAAUAUUACUUAUACAACUCAAUGUCAUGUAAAAUGCCUUAUAAAAGGAACAACAAAUACUAUAAAUUGUUUGGAUUUGAAAGAUUGUUAUGCGAUGAACAAUACAUUGUAUUGCAAAGAGUGUAAAUUCAAUUGUCAUUAUUCAAAACAUAUGCAUAUCACAUAUGAAACAUUUUUAAUUAAAAAGGAAAUGGAAAACGAAGAUGUUAAAAAACAAAUUGAAGAAGGAAUUGAUGCAACAUCUUUGAAAAGACAAUGGGUUGAAUCCUUAGAGAAAGAAAUUAAGGAAAAUACUGAUGAGAAAAAUGAAAUACUUAAAAUUAGCUCACAACUUUCAUACUUUUUAAAAGAAAAUUGCAUUACAACAUACCAUGAUACAGUCAUUGAAUAUUUGAAAAUUUGUAUUGAAAAUGAAGAACUCAAAUCAGAUAAAUCAGGUAAAAAAUCAAUGGAAGAUAAUUUAAAGUUUUUCCAAGAUCAACAUGAUUAUUUUCAAAAAAAUCUUUCCAACCAACAAAUCCAAAAAAUCACAACAAAAGAUGUCCCAAUUCUCAUUGAAAAAUUAAAAAACCUCAAAGAAAAUGGUAAAACACUUAGAGAAUGCAUCGAAGCUAAUGUAAAUGAACAAUUAAAAACAGGCUUCAAUCCAAUUGUUGUCACAAAAAAUACAAAUCAUUCAAAAGAAUGGGGUUUUAUUUCUCAAGCUAAAAAACUAUUUACUUUCAACCCAUUAAACACAUCAACGCCAUCAAAAAAAUAUCAAUAUUAUUGA